UUCCUGAGAGCUGUUCGAAGAGAGGCGUGGUCACGUCACGCCGCAUCAAGAUUGACCUGGUUUAAAUCCACACCCAAGCCAGCUUGCAUUCAUUGAAAAGUGCAUAGCCGACGCUUACAGUAUCUUCCCGUGAACAUACCCGAACCGAUUAUGGCUAACUAUAUUCAUGUACCAGAGGGUGCUCCCGCUGUACCCAAAUUAGAUGUCACAGUAGACGAACACGAUUUCAGAACUGGGGCGCUGAAACUCAUCAAGGAGCUGAGACCCAACUGGAAACCAUCAGAGGUCAAAAUGAAGUCCUUCACCGAUGGAAUAACCAACAAGCUGAUUGGUUGCUACUUGGGCGGGGCGAUGAAGGAUGUAGUGCUGGUGCGCAUCUAUGGCAACAAGACCGAGCUGUUUGUGGACCGCGAGAACGAGGUGAAGAGCUUCCGGGUACUGCAGGCGAACCGGUGUGCUCCCCAGCUCUACUGCACCUUCAACAACGGCCUCUGCUACGAGUUCUUAGAAGGAACCACACUAGAACCCGAACACAUACGCAGUCCAGGGUUAUUCCGGCUAAUAGCAUGGCAGCUAGCGAAGUACCACGCCAUCCAUGCACACAAUGGCUGGGUGCCGCAGUCUGACCUCUGGUUUAGGAUGGGCAAAUACUUCUCCUUGGUGCCCACCCACUUCCAGGACCCAGCCCAGAACCUUAGGUUGAGCCGUGAGGUACCGAGUGCACGCUGCCUGCAGGAGGAGAUGCUGUGGCUGAAGCAGAGUCUCUCUGGGCUGGGCUCUCCUGUGGUCCUCUGCCACAACGACCUGCUCUGUAAGAACAUCAUCUACAGCCAGACAGGAGGAAAUGUCAAGUUCAUUGACUACGAGUAUGCAGGCUACAACUACCAGGCCUACGACAUCGGAAAUCACUUCAACGAAUUUGCAGGUCUGAGUGAUGUGGACUACAGCCUGUACCCUGGGCGAUGUCUGCAGCUGCAGUGGCUCCGGGCCUACCUGGAGGCUUACAAGGAGCACAAGGGGCAGGGCGGCCUGGUGACCGAUACCGAGGUGGAGGUGCUCUAUGUGCAGGUCAACCGCUUCGCUCUGGCGUCACAUUUCUUCUGGGGCCUCUGGGCCCUCAUUCAAGCCCAGUACUCCACCAUUGACUUUGACUUCCUGGGAUAUGCCAUUCUUCGCUUCAGCCAGUACUUUAAGAUGAAGCCCGAAGUGAUGGCCCUGAACUUUCCUGAAUAAACCCGAAGACAACUGUGGCCUCUCCCCAGAGUGCUGUGCCCUCUGAAGAACAGCUUCCCCUAGUGGACACCAUGGCCAACUGCAUCAUUGCCCUACUACUGGUCUCAAAACACCCAUAACAUCACCACAAAAAAGAGAAAUGAAAACACGUGAGGCGAGUGGAGGAAGUUAGUGUAAAUGUUUACACCAUUAUAAAGCUCAUCGACUUCUCCCUUUCGCAGACACACACUCCAGACAUUUCUCAGAUUAUAAACACACUGUACAGAACCACUAAACUGAACUAACACAAACGCACCCACACACACACACACACACACACGCACACACACACACACAGUUUAAAGGAUUGACCAGCACACCUCCCGUUAUAAAGGGCACAGAGAGGACUGGCCCCUACAGACCUCCCUCACACCUUUGCUCCCGGUUCUGUCACGCCACAACGCCUGGCACCGGACCAACCUCGAAUACGCUCUCACCGGACCACGAUACUUAGCCAAGCCAACUGGACCAACUGGACUCCCUCCCCCUCCCCUCUAUGAAACAGCUACACCUGUUUCUCACUUUGUUUGACCGGUCCACAUAAGGCCUUUUCUAAUCCUAUGUACUUCUACACUGAUGAGUUAUAGAUGAUAAAUAACAAGACUUGGGGUUUGGGCCAAUGACCACUAGUUUUGUGAGUUUUGUGAACGAACUCCACCUUAGUUCUGUAUGUUUACACGCGUCUGUGAGAAGGGAUUUGGCGUCCAGCAAGCGGCUAUCUGUUAGCGGUGUGAGUGUUAGCGAUGAUAAUGUGUGUUACUGUAAGUGGAAAGGGCAGAUACAGCUGCAGUGGCUUGCGCAUCUGCGUUCACAGAAAGACAUGGAGAUUGUGAAACGCUAUGGUUAUCUGUUACUGCGGUGAUGGGAUAUGUGUUAUUUGUUUCGGUUGAGGUUGUGUGUUUUGUUUUGUCUUACUGUGCUGUAUGUUUAAAUGCAGUCAAGGUGUCAUGCAUUAAUCAGGGACCAAUGGCUUGCAGAAGAUAAUAUUUCUGUUUUUAUUUCUCUUUCUUUGAGAAAGGUAUUUUUGUCAUUUCCUGUUGACGAAUCACUGUGAUCCUCAGAAACUAAACGGUUUUGGGUUUUAUAGUUUUUUUGUCACCUUUUUCAUCUUCCCCACCCACCUCCUUUCUUUUCACUUGCUUCCUUGUUUUCACUGUGCUGGGGUGAAGAGUUAAGGUGAUGGUACCUGGGGAGACAUUUUGAACAAUGUUACUGGACAGUCACAUGACCGGUUCCUAGUGUUCCGAUUGGAUGGCAGAGACAAGUUGCCCCACUGACAAUUAAGGAUCCUCAGAUUGAAAAACAAAUGUGACCCAGAAACUCUGCCAAAAUGUUGCCCUGUGUAUCCUUGCCAUCUUGCACUGUACUUUUACAGAGAGAAAAGCUCCCUCUUAGAAGUUAGUUAGACUUAGUCUGAGCCCUCAUGGCCGUCUGAGUCUGGCCCAGGUCUGGCUCUGACCCAGCUCAGUUCUGGUUCUGAUCUGGGCUAGAUUUGUUCCAGUGGUCACUGCCAUGAGGACCAGGAAACCUACACCAAAGUGCUGAACUGUUUUUGCUUGUACAUACUGCACAUUGUAUUUUUCCACCUAGAAUUAACAAUGUAUAUUGACUUUUUAAGAUGACAAAGUGGAAGAGGCAGUUUUUUUUAUACCUAUUUAAAUGAAACUGUGUUUUGAGAGGACUUUUGCAGGUGUGUAGGCGUGUGUCUGUACUGGAUGUUGUGUACAGUUUGGUUGCCUUAUUGAAAAGACCAUUGUUCAUUUUAAUGCCCAACAACAUUUGCAGUUCGUUAGAUGACGGUUGUUAUGGUGACUGGAGGAAGGGUGGCACAUCUCACUGUGAGGUCUUGUGGUGAGUGAUAUUAUGAACACGUUUGACCCUCACCUCGACCCUUACUGGACACAAUAACAUCACAGUGUCAAAAGCACAAGUGCCACCCCAUGACUCCUGUACGACGUCAUUUGUGACAUGAUGCCAUGACGACCAGGUAGUUAUUUUUAGAGAAUGCUCUUUGAAGCUGAUGACUGAUCACACACACACACACAAGUACACACAUGUGUGUCUGUGUGUGUGUGUGUGUGUGAUGGGGUAGUGAGUGCUCUAAUGAGUAUCUAACGAUUCACCUCUCUCGCUUCUCAUGUUUGUACUGGAGAAUCUUUUCCUUGUUUCUGUUAUGGACCUAGAAUGAGAUUCAUGACUAUGCCUCAGAUUUCCACAUUGCGCUUAUUCUAACGUCUUCCUUUCUUUCUUUAUGACAACAUCUUGUUUUUCUACCAAAAUGAGUGUAUGACUUCCAUUUGAGUGGUGCUUUGAAAUCAUUCCAAGCACCUGACUGCUAGCCCUGUUCAAGCCUCUUCUCUGUAGCAAACAUUCCACCUGGAAUGUUGAAAGGGCUUGUCCCCCUUAUCGCUCACACUCUUUGACACACGUACACACACACACAGACAGUACACAUACACACACACACACAGAGGAAUACACGCUUUCUGUCAUUAAGAAUCCAAAUACCUUCUUCAUUAUAUGUUUGGACCAUAAUAUCUGACCCUCAUCCAUUGUAAAGGCAAACUUGUUCAGCCAAACUUGUUCAAAAGCAUCUCUGUUGAGCUUUUCUCUUUGUCAAAAAAGGCCCUAAGAAAUUACUCUAUGGCAUGUAUAGCUUAUGUGGAUAUGUACAGAAUGAAUAUCUUAUUUGGCUUGACUUGUGAUGAAUGUGAAAAACUGUAAGAAGUGUACAUAGAAAAGUGUCGUGCUUUUUUUUUUCUAAGUAGCCUAUGCUAUCAAGUGAAAUAAUCGGGAAUUUUAAACUAGUGAUGAAAAGUAAUGGAGACUGUGAAGUAUGUAUCAUUUGAUUUUUCUGUAUACAAGUGCUUGGAAUUAAAAUAAAAAAUAACUACCCAA